CUGGAAAAGUUCUUGAUUUCGUGGUUUACAUGCUGCUGGAGAGAAGUUUCGAAACAAGAGGAUAAAGCUACCAUGGAAUUCCUGGCUGUGUACCUGGCACCGUUCUUCGUGCUGCUCGCCCACCUCGAACAACAGUGCCUUGGCCAGUAUAUGACAGAGUGCACCAGAGGAGUGAAGCGUGCUCACCCAACUCAGGAAAAUGCCUACCAAAUAUUUGUCCGGACUGACUACUCGUCUAAGUGGGUAGAUUAUUUUUGCCCAGCCCCUGAAGUCUUUGACUCCGCCCAGUGCAGCUGCAUCCUGUCCUUCACAAGAGCCACUACACCCACGCCACCUACAUCCACCCCUAGUUCUACCCAGCCUCCACACAAGUCCCAGUGGUUUUCCGACUCCAAGCUUCUGAAACAGCAUCCGACCCAGGAACCUGGAGAGGCGCACACCGUGGUGGUCAAGAGGCUGCCUGUCGACAACCACGAAGUUUCCAGACCUCCGUCCACCUCGUCUCCAAAGACUUCAGACAACGAGGUUCAGCCACCUGCAAAGCGCUGCGAGACCCACAGGCCGGGUGCGGAUGCUCACCACUACAUGCAGUGGACAGAGAGCGGGUGGAUGGAGCGGACUGCAACUGGCCGGCCGAUGCAGGACUGGUCUGGAACCAGGAUUUGUGCCGCUGUGACUGGGGUCCUCAUGGCACCCAGCUGGGCCGCUCCCGCGUCAACAGUGUGCCUGCAGUGUGUCUCCUGAUGCUGAAGAUGACCUUUAACCAGGGCGAGGUGAAGGACGAGGGCCGUGGCCUGUGGCUGGACCUGACCCAUCCAUCCAGUGUCGAGGCCGUGAAGGACGAGAGCGCCAUCGGAGGCUGGGCGGGGGCCUUCAGAGGAACUGGCUUGUCUGUCCCUUACUUCAAACAGAACACUCUCGGCGCCACGUUUCGGAUCAAAUUCCGUUUCCAACUUUGCAACGGCCACCCGGACUCGGACCUGCUGCUGGUGAACAAUGGAUGUCUUGAGAGCGACGCCAUGCCUACCCUGCAGGUGUCCUACCGAGCCUGGAACCGAAUCCUGGCCUUCCAAAUGGAGACACAGAACUCUAUUCGGCCCUACAGAGAGGAGUGUCAGAUCGCCUCACAGGACCGAUGGAUUGACAUCAACAUCCACUACUACAACAACACUCUGGAAAUCUUCGCUAACGGGGUUCAGUGUGUCAAGUCGUCAGCUUUUGCCGGCCCCAUAGCCACCACAGACUGCCCUUUGACCUUGCUUGAGGACAAUUACUGUGGACUACUGGACGAGGUGGUGAUCACACGUGGGUGCACGCCCAUGCAGGAGUCCUAACACACCGGCAACAGGAGAUCACGUGGUCAGUCAAGUGUUCACACUGGCUUUCGAGUUUGUUGAACUUUACAUCCACUGAACAGGAGCCGCCUGUGGGUGAGAGUAGAUGAAUGUUCAGAGCAUGUCGGGAUCUUCAAGAUAAGAUUCCAAGUUAAAAUAAACUUUCCAGAGCAAACGACGCAUCGCACCGGUGAAGGACUUGGUCAUGAUGUGCACCUGUCAUCUGACUGGAGAGAUAACUGAACAUGGAGGGCCAUUUCGUUUUACAAUCGCAAGCUUAAAUAUCAUUGGCUAUUUCGUUUAUAAUAUAUACUUGAUGUUAUGUGAAUAUUGUUAUUUUUAUAAUAUAUGCUUAGAUGUGAAUAUAUAUUUUAAUGGUCAACCACCGCUCCACCUGAACAUGAUGAUAGUCCGGGUGGAAUUUUAUAUUUUAUUACUCAGUGUGUUCGGAUGUUUUACUCUGUGCCAGUGUGUCACAGCUCACAUUACAACUGAAAUACAUCUCUUGAUUAUUGUGUACACUGUUUUCUUCUGAAAUGAAAUAUUUAUGGCGAUUAAAUCUUUUGUUUAAUCA